GCCCCUUCAGAUGCUGGCAGGCCACAAGAAGGUCACCUGGGAGCCUCCUCUUCUAACUCUUGAAUCAUUCACCUUCUCCAAUCAAAGUAACAAAGAAUAAUGCAGGAGGAAAUCAUUAAUUUCCUAUUCAGCUGAGUGGUUAUGACAGAAAGCCCUAAGGCCUUGAAAAAGAAAUGCUAUAAAUCUGAGUGAGGCAGGGCCAAAGAGCACUGGCCCUAACUUCACACUCCAAGUCAUCAGGUGUGGCUGCUACUAACAUGCUUACUCAACCUCUCUGCUGCAGCAGGGCACGGGUCCACCCAGCUGCCUUCAGCAAUGGCCAUGGUGUGUCUGUCAGACUUUGAAGCUCAUGCUAAGAAGUACUUACCCAAGAUUGCUUGGGACUUUAUUGCAGCUGGAGCAGAUGACUGCAGCACUCGAGAUGAAAACAUCCUGGCAUAUAAAAGAAUCCGUUUCCGGCCUCGUAUGCUGCGGGAUGUGUCCGUGAUGGACAUCAGCACCAAACUCCUGGGAACUGAAAUCAGCUUUCCGGUAGGAAUUGCCCCCACUGGCUUCCACCAGCUGGCAUGGCCUGAUGGAGAGAAAAGCACUGCCAGAGCAGCCAGAGCCAUGAACAGCUGCUACAUUGCCAGCACCUACUCCACCUGCACGCUGCAGGAGAUCUCGGAGGCGGCUCCCGGCGGCCUGCGCUGGUUCCAGCUCUACAUCUACCGCAACAGGGCUGUCUCCCAGCAGCUGGUCCAACGGGCAGAGGCUUUGGGAUUCCAGGGCCUUGUCCUCACUGCAGAUCUGCCCUACACUGGCAAAAGACGCGAUGAUGUCCGCAAUGGUUUCCGUCUUCCUCCCCACAUGAAACUGAAGAACUUGGAAGGAGCCUUUGAGGGAGAAGACCGCUCUGAGUAUGGGCUGCCGCCCAACAGCUUAGACCCUUCGGUUACCUGGAACGAUAUCUACUGGCUGCGAAGCCUGACCAAGCUGCCCAUCAUCAUCAAAGGGAUCUUGACAAAGGAAGAUGCAGAGCUGGCAGUGAGACAUGGAGUUGAGGGAAUUAUUGUGUCAAAUCAUGGUGGAAGGCAGCUGGAUGGAGGACCUGCCACUAUCGAUGCUCUGGUGGAGGUCGUGGAGGCAGUGCAAGGCAGAGUGGAAGUUUAUUUGGAUGGCGGCAUACGAAAAGGAAGCGACGUGCUGAAGGCACUGGCACUGGGAGCAAGGUGUGUCUUUAUUGGAAGGCCAGCUCUGUGGGGGCUGGCUUACAAGGGUGAAGAAGGUGUCCAAGAGGUGCUGCGGGUUCUGCAGGAUGAGUUCCGCCUGUCGAUGGCUUUGGCUGGCUGUGCCAGCGUUGCAGAGGUUGGCCGACACCUAGUGGAGUUCUCUAAGCUGUGAAGAGCCUCCUGCAAUGCCCACCAAAGACAAGCAGCUCACACCAAGGUCCCACAGACUGAAGAGAGCGAUGGGGGGAUGCAAAAAGCAAAUGUGCCAUGAGUGUCUGCUGAGUCCUUCAGGCAACUCCUGAGCAGCUCAGAAAGGCUUGGUCUUAGCAAAGGCCUGCCAAAAGCCAGAUGGGUUCUCCAACACUCUGGUAACUGUGACUUGCUUAAAUACAUCUAUUUUAAAUUGC